GCCAAGCGCCCAUUCACCGACACCCCGACCCGAGGUUCUUCGCGCUGUGCUGAAGCACCACGACAUGUCUGCGCCGAUCGACCCGGCCUUGUUUUCCCCGUUCGACGGCAAAGAGCACGCGCAACCGCAGCCAUACGCGCCACAGCCGCCGCCCAACGUCGGCCACCCGUACUAUCUGCCUGCGUCAGCACCGCAGCAGCAGUCGCAGCAGUCGCAGUCGUCGCAGCCGUCGCAGCCGCCGCCGGCGCGCACCCACAGCCUGGACGCGGCGCUGCAGCAGACGUCGCCGCCAGUGCCAGAGGGCAGCCACGACGAGUACGAUCCCGACGACGGCGACCCCGACGGCGCGCAGGCGACGCCGGGCUCUGCCAAAGACGCCGCCGACUUCAAGCGCCCCCGCGCCUGUGACUCGUGCAGAGGGCUGAAGGUGCGCUGCGACCAGGAGCGCCCGGAGGUGUCGUGCAAGCGAUGCGCCAAGGCAGGGCGGCCGUGCAUCACCACCCCGCCGACACGCAAGCGCCAGAAGAAAGCCGACAGCCGCGUCGCCGAGCUGGAGCGCAAGAUCGAUGCCUUGACCGCGACCCUGCACGCGCAGAAGUCUGGCGCCCCCGAGCCCCGGCACCCCGGCGCGCCGCAGCACGAUGGCAACACUGCCGUCCCAGCCAUGCCCGACGCCUCGUUCCGCAUGGGCGCCCUCAGCCACGAGCCGCCCACGCCCGCGCCGUCCGCCUUUGCCCACAUACCGCCCGGCUACGGGCCGGCGCAGACGAUUCAGCGCGGCCCGGAGGCAAAGCGAAGAAAGGUAAGCGCCGGACACAGCCAUGCCACAAUACCAGAGCACAUGGACGCCAUCCACCGCGAUCUGGCCGAGCAUCCUGAGAUGAAGCGCAACGGGAAGACCCGAGUGCACGCUGACCAUUCACACAUCAACGCCCUGAUCGACUCACUCGUGAGCCCCGAGAUCGCAGAGCGCGUCUUCCUCCGAUACGUCAACGAAAUCUGUCCUCAUUUCCCGGCUGUCAUCUUUGCGCCUGGCACGACCGCUCGAGAUGUCCGCGAGAAGAAGCCGCUGCUGUUCUUGUCGCUGAUCGCAGGUUCAUCUCAUGGCAGUGCAGAGCAGCUUGUUGCCCAGGAUGUACAGCGCGAGCUGACCAAGCUGCUGAAAGAUCAGCUUGCAGAUAUCAUCUGGCGCAACGGAGAAAAAUCUCUGGAGAUCGUACAGGCCUUACAAGUCGCCGUAUUGUGGUAUCGACCCCCUCUGCAUUUUGAGCAACAUAAUUUCUACAUGAUGGUGAAUUGCGCUGCGGUCAUGGCCCUGGACCUCGGACUCGGACGGAAAGCGACACCGAACGUGAUGAAGCUGUCCAUAGGCCCAUUUCGGAGGUACCAUCCCAACUCGAGCACUAUUGAUGCGCGCCGUACAUUCCUCGUAUGUUACUAUCUCUGCAUGAGCAUCACCAUGGUGCUGCGACGACCAAUACUUCUCCGGUGGACGAAGUACAUGGAGGAGAGUCUCAACAUCCUUGAGACCUCGCCAGACGCGUUCCCCUCAGAUAAGCUCCUAUGCCAGCAGGUGAAGAUGGCUCACAUUGGAGAGAACAUAUCUGUCCAGUUCUGUAUGGAUGACCCUUCUGCUGAAAUCGUCAUAUCUGAACCCAAGGUCAUCUAUGCGCUCAAGAUUUUUGAAAACGAACUACAACAGCUCAAGGACGAAAAUGCGAAGCUAGGUCAAGUGGAUCCUACGCUCCGAUUGGGGGAACAUGUCACAAACCUCUUCCUCCACGAAAUUGCGCUACACCAAAACCAUAGUGCUGCAGAAAUGCAACCACCUUUCUCGCUCGAGACCUUCUCGCCAACUGCAGUCAAAAAAGAUGUGCCCAUAGGGCCAGCACACAUUGGCGCUUUGGGUGAGUGUCUUACCGCGACACACGGCAUACUGGAUACGAUUCUUAGUAUUGAACUUGACAUUCUCCUGACAUUACCUGUCAUUUUCUGUGUCCGUGCUAUUUAUGCCAUCGUCUGUCUUAUGAAGAUGUGGGUAUCAGUGACCAGCUCAAGCGAAGUGAGCAGCAUUAUCAAGAAGGAGGACCUACAGAUUGAAAUGUAUCUUGAGCGGUUGGUCACUAUGUUCAACGCGAUCAUCUCCCGAGAUGCUCAGUCGCCCCACGGAAAGUUCUACUUUGUGGCUAAGCGCUUACAAGAGCGGUUCGCGCAGAUCAAGGAGGGCACAUCCAGAUCAGAGCAGGCAGACUCGAGCGAAGAAUCUCGUCGACCUUCGCAUGAUGGUCUUCAGCCUCCUUCUCGACAAGCCGCGGCAAAUCAGACACCUCUACACCUGCUAUCUGAAGUUGCUAUGGGCAGUAGCAAAUCCGGUUCAUCUCAGACGCAGUCGCACGCGCAUACCCGAUCUCAACAACAGGCCCAGGCGGCACUUCAAGCGCAAUCGCACGUCGCACAACAACCUUUACAACAGAAUUGGUAUGGGGGUGUGUCAGCACAGUCGAACGCUCCCGAUAUGUUGGGCAUUCAACAACCACCAGCCUUUGAUUUAAAUUUUGAUUUCACUCAGUUUGAUCUAGGAACAGGUUCUGAUGCAGACCUCUCGGCUCUAUUCAUACCAGAUUCGAUGCACUUGUGGAGCUAUCCAACGGACCUGAGUUCACAAGGCUACAGUGGGUUCUGAUGCCCCUGGUCGUGUCUUUGCGUGGCCUUUGCUGUAUAACUAUCGGUUUCGGCGCCUUGUAAGCGUUGCUGAGCCACGGAAUGCCUCCAAGUUC